AUGAGACAGGGGCAAACGAGAUAUUCUUACAUCGUGAUGCAAUUUGAAGCAGAUCACGAGACCAAAGUGGAUUUAAACUUGCAGGAAAAUGACAUGAAGCAGUUUAAGCUGGAUAAGACUCUGGAAGGUAAGGCUAGUUACAUUGAAGCAUACUCUCAUACCAGUACGCGAGCAACUUUUGUAAAUGAAUGCCCUUUAGGGAAAACUUACAAUGUGAUUUCAAGACUGUUUGGUUCUCUCGUUAACAGAUCCAUAGUGGUCCCAGGAGAUUUUAAAUCGGAGAAGGGAGACUCAGCAAUAUCGUGCACGUACAAGGCCACAAGUGGACACCUCUUCCCCCUGAACCGGUCAUUCCUAUUCAUAGUCAAGCCAGUCAUUUUCAUAAGGUGGGUGCUGCUGCCGACAUUGGCAAUAAAACUGGCACCUGUGCCAGUAGAUUGGGCUGCCCUGACUAACGCAAUGUUAUUCGAAGACAUCGUCAGCGUCGAGUUCAGUAGAACCGGAGUUACCACGCAGAACCGCUUCUUUGCGAUUUUGGUAUCCAUGAGAGGCGCAAUAGAGUACGAGUUCACGAACAUUGACAAGUCGGAAUACAAGUUCCUGUACGACUACUUGAUCUCUAAGCAGGUCAAGGUCGUCAACGCCGAGGACACUGAAAGGCAUGAACGACAGACGUUCGCGUCAGGGGUGUGUAUUAGUCAGUGUACAUUUGUGGCUUGGAAACAGGCACACGAGCGCAAUGUGCAAACGGCAAUGGCCUCUGAAGUUUUAGACGUAGAUCGAAAAGAAGUGAAGAGAACUGGCAAGUUGACGGUAUCUCGCAAACGGGCGGCAGUCGAACUAGGGUACUAUGAAGAUGAGUUCGUCCACGUCUUUGGUGAAACUUACAAUCAAAUUCCUAUAGUCAGCCUGACAUAUGUUCACCGUGUUUUUUCGUCUCGUAUGAUCUCCGACUUGUUCGUUGAGAGUUUCAAUGGGAAACCUGUUCAAUUUGUAAAUUUGGGUGGCGGUUUGGACACUUUGUGUUUCUACCUUCUUAAAAAACAUCCUAAUGUUAUCUGUUUUGACACUGACCUUGAGACUCAGGUGAAGCUGAAAUGUGAGUUGAUGGCCGGCCACCAGAUUUUCACUGAUCUCCUUCCCGACUUAAAACUCGAAAAUGGGUUUUACUCAUCCAGCAGAUACAAAAUGUUUCCCCUUGACCUCACUCGCAUUGAAGAUUUCCAGAGACUACUUGACGCAGGAUUCUCGAAAGAUCUUCCAACUCUUUUCUUCGCAGAGUGCGUUUUCAUGUAUAUUGACCCAGAUGUACUAAAUGAGGUGGGACAUGAUGGCUACUUCACCAAGGCCCUCGUUGAGAAAUAUAAGGAACACAAAUUGAAACUCUCCGCCUUCCAAAGGUAUAGAACGCCCGAAGAUAUCAAACAGAGGUUUAAGGACUUGGGGUGGGAACUGGUUAGUGCCACUCGCGGUACAACUUUUUGGAACCUGCUGCCCGAAUCAGAGAGAAAACGCGUAUUGAAUCUCCAAUCUUUUAACGAGUUUGAGGGACUGGGUUUACACUACGGAUAUGGAUUUUGUUGUGUGGCAUCGAAUAAAUAUGACAAUCCGGCACUUCAUAAAACUAUAUUUACGGAUGGGAUGAAGGCCAACGAAGAAUCUGAACUACAUUUGGAAGAUAUUGACUAUCAUUUGAAGAGAACAUCGCCAUCGUUCAACAAGCAAUUUUUUGACAGGUUUUUCUCGGAGCUCUGGAUCAAGGUUUGCGUUGAACUUGGGUAUUACGACGACGAGUUUAUUGAGUUUUUCGCCGACCCGGCUACCCAGAGUUCACUUUUAAGUAUAGUGCAUCAUAUUAGAACGGUAUCCAUUCGUAUGGUCGCCGACUUGUUCGUUGAGAGUUUCAAUGGGAAACCUGUUCAAUUUGUAAAUUUGGGUGGCGGUUUGGACACUUUGUGUUUCUACCUUCUUAAAAAACAUCCUAAUGUUAUCUGUUUUGACACUGACCUUGAGACUCAGGUGAAGCUGAAAUGUGAGUUGAUGGCCGGCCACCAGAUUUUCACUGAUCUCCUUCCCGACUUAAAACUCGAAAAUGGGUUUUACUCAUCCAGCAGAUACAAAAUGUUUCCCCUUGACCUCACUCGCAUUGAAGAUUUCCAGAGACUACUUGACGCAGGAUUCUCGAAAGAUCUUCCGACAAUGUACAUUGCUGAAUUUUCAUCAAUGUAUGUUGAAGCAGAGCCCAUGAACAAGUUUCUUAAAUUUCUAAAUGAGUUCUCAAAUGAUGAUUCGGUUUACUUUUUUACUGAAGCGCAUUUUGUAUCUAACUCACUCGGUUGUGCCGUUUACAGAACCUUAGAAUCGCAAAUUAAAAGGUACGAGGACCUUUCUUGGAAACUUAAGCUUGUGUCUUAUAACGACUUUUAUAACCACAACUUUGAAACAGAAGAAAAGAAGAGAAUUCUGAAAUUGGAAGACUUUAAAGAAAUGGACGAACUUGGAACCGCUUGCUCACAUAUGAUAAGUGGUUUAUGUUACAAAAGUGACAGAAAUUUGUCAAAGGUUUUAAAUCUAUUUCGCACAUACGAUAAUCACACGAACUUAAACUACUACGACAUGCCCUAUGGCAUAAAUUUUUCUAAACCGGAUUUUGACAAAGCUUUAUUUCGACACCCUGAACUUAGGGAGAUUAAUCGACGAAGAGACCAUGACAGACGAAAUAAACAACUAUUUCGGAAAACUAUAGCGCAAAAGGCCUGGGAACUCCCAUUUUCCAAAAUUUGGAUUUACAUUAUUUCAAAAUAG